UUCUAUUACGAGUCCAGAACAAAAAUGAUUGACCUAUAAAAUACUCAAAGAUAGAAGCUUCAUGAAUGUUGAUUAUGGACAAAAAAGAUAAUCAUUUGGAAAAAGCUGUCAGAGAAACGUCUGGUUCUUUAUUUUGGAUAAAAAUUGCUGGGAUUGGAAACGAAUCUGUUGGGAAAACUUGUCUUGUGAAAAACUUUUGUGAAAAAAAGUUUUCUAGGAACUACCAUCAAACUGUUGGAGUUGAUUACGGCUUUAAAAUACAUAAAGUUAAUGGCGUGGAUUACAGGAUCAAUUUUUGGGAUUUUGGAGGAAAUGCAGACUAUGAUGAAAUAAGGAUUGAGCUUUAUGGACAGACACAGGCAGUUAUGCUUGUUUAUGAUGUCACCAAUAAGGUUUCAUUUGAAAGUCUUGAUGCAUGGCUACAGGAAUUUGCUGCUGGAGGAGGGAAGAAUGCAGUAAUCGCAGUAGUUGCAAAUAAGGUUGAUCUCACUACAAGGAGAGUUAUUAGUACCAAAGAAGGUCAAAAAUGGGCUGCUGCUCAUGAUUUUAGAUAUUACGAGACGUCGUCUGCAAAUAGCACUGGUGUUUAUGAUAUGUUCAAUGACAUUUUAAGGGCUGUAGUGGAUAGAAAGCUAAUCAAACCAAAACCUGUCAUUCAUUCUGAAAGCAAAGUGAAAUAAUUUAUUUCUUUACUAAAAUACUGGUAUUCUUAUAAUUAUGAUAUAUGUACACUAGAAACUAUUUGCUUAGUAUCUACAAUGGAAAGUAAAACAUACAGUCAUUCAUUUAUAUAUAGCCAUGAAUAAAUGCAAAGAAGUAAGUUAUAGUUCUCAUAAGUUUUCCAAACUAGAAUGUUAUAUUUUAAUUAAUUUAUAUUAGAAAAUGAAAGAUUUUCAAUGCAUGUUUAUUCAGGUUCACUAUAUUUUCUUUGUUUCUUGGAUUUCUUUCUUGGUUCCUAAAAAAAUUAUUAGAUGUCAAAAUGUGAUUUUUUAAAGAAAAUAUAACAAACAACAAGUGAUCCAUUUUAGUAUUGGGCUGUUUGAUUGUUUCAGUGUAUGUUAUAUUGUUCCAAUAAAUCCACUUUGUAAAGAUUGGUGCUUAGCAUGGGACCAUGUUUCCCAUUCUAAAUAAACCCUUUUUAGUGAA